AUGAGUAUUCCUACUUAUUACAUUGUGAUUGUCGUUAUUAUAAGCUUAUUAGCAAAUAAAAUUAGAUUUAAUGAAGCAAACCAUCUUCCUUCACAAAGGAAACGAAUACCUAUAAAACAAUGCAAUGUAUAUAAAGGACACUGGGCAUGGGAUAGUUCUUAUCCUCUCUAUGAUUCAUCAAAAUGUCCAGAUAUUCGUAGAGAAUUUGACUGCCAGAAAUAUGGAAGACCUGAUAAGUAUUAUCUCAAGUUCAGGUGGCAGCCUGAUGAUUGUGAUCUUCCCAGGUUUGAUGGGCAGGAUAUGUUAAGGAGGAUGAGAGGAAAGAAGAUAAUGUAUAUCGGAGAUUCAUUAAGUCUUAACAAUUGGCAGUCCUUAGUUUGCAUGCUUCAUGCUGCUGUUCCAAGCUCCAACAUUACUCGAAAAAUAAGUGCUGGCAUCAACACUUGGAUUUUUCAGGACUACGAUGUAUCCGUAACGUUGUAUCCUGCUUCGUUGCUAGUCGACAUUAACAAAGAGGAGAUAGGGCGAGUUUUGAACCUCAAUUCUGUUGAUCAUGGUGGCAAGAUUUGGAAGAAUAUGGACGUUUUGAUCUUCAAUUCAUGGCUAUGGUGGAAUGUUAGGGGAGCUCGUCAACCAUGGGACUUCAUUCAAGAUGGGGAUGAUAUAUUGAAGGAUAUGGAUCGAAUGGUUGCAUAUAAGAAAGCAUUAACAACUUGGGCUAAAUGGGUUGAUUCUGAUAUUGAUACCAACAAAACUAGAGUUUUCUUCCAAGGAAUUAAUCCUAUUCAUUACGAUGGGAAAGAUUGGAAUGCAGCAGGAGUAAGAGGGUGUUCUAACGAGACGAUGCCCGUAAAAGGAUCCGUUUACCCAGGUGAAGCGCCAGCAGCUUUAAAAGUGGUGAAAGAAGUAAUUAGUAAGAUUACAAAACCUGUACAUCUGCUAGACAUUACAACUCUGUCUCAACUAAGAAAAGAUGCACACCCUGCUUCUUAUAAUGGUUUAGGAGGAAUGGAUUGCAACCAUUGGUGUAUUGCUGGACUUCCAGAUACUUGGAAUCUGCUUUUAUACACACUUCUCACCAUUUGA